GAUGGGGGAGGUGUGGGCGGUGAAAGUUUAUACAGCGGCAGCAGCAGAAGAAGAAGAAUAAAAAAGGGGAAGAGGGCGGAAAUCCCGACCGACUUAUCCAGCCGGAGCCGACGGACAGAAAUCCUCGGAGACAUCUCGUGAGUGAGUCGACGGCAUCGAGAAGACGAGCGACCACGUUGACGAUGACUUCUGCCGCGUUGACGAUCACUUCUGCCGCGUUGUUCUUCUGCCUCCUGGCGUACACGGCCAUCACCUGCAACUCGCAAGAGGUCACGGGCGACGAGACCGAUGAGGAGCUUUCCAUGCGCGCCAUCUGCACGUUGGACAGCGAGACCGGGCCCUGCGAGGCCCUCAUCCCGCGCUUCUUCUACAACCGCUACACGCAGCGCUGCGAGGAGUUCUACUUUGGCGGCUGCUACGGCAACGCCAACAACUUCGAGACGCACAGGGAGUGCCGCAUCGCCUGCAAGACAGUGCAGAAGGUGCCCAAGAAGUGCCGCUUGGAGCCGGAGACAGGCAACUGCCGGGCCGCCAUCGCGCGUCACUUCUACAACAUGACCACGGGCCGGUGCGAGGGCUUCGUCUACGGCGGCUGCGGAGGCAACGACAACAACUUCCGUACGAUCGAGGAGUGCGUGGAGAGCUGCAGGCGCCCCAAGGCCAAAGAUAUGGGAGCCUCAACUUCGAUGAUCCAACCCAGAGGCAAACCAAUGUCCAGCCGGAUGAGAGCGGGCGUGAGGACCAGCGAGUGGAGGAUAAAGCAAAUACAGCUGUCGAAGAACGGCGAGCGAGCAGACCGCACGGAGCAUCGAGGGCAGAUCUGACAAGAGUAGGCACACUUGCAGCUCCCUCUGCCGGUUUGGGUUUCAUAGCAAGAGGCACCGGCCCACAUAUUUGACGUACUUACUUUUUGAUUUGAAUCUUUCGUGACUGCAGGAAUCCAUGACUCUUUGGUUCUUUCGGUAAAGUCCACGUAGGUUGGAAAUAAAAUCAAAUGAAUCACGACGUUUCGACCGCACCGCAAGCGACCGUCAUCAGGCGGAACCGAUACAGCAGGACAGCUGCAGAAUCGGCGAUCGAAACGUCGUGGUUUAUUUCAUUUUAUUUCUAACCCUACGUGGACUUUACCGAAAGAACCAAAGAGUUAUGCACUUACUGCUUUAUUUUUUGAACCCGCUUCACCAGUUUCGGUUGCGGAGAGACGAACGUGGCUGCGUGUGGGCAGAAGUUGACUCAGUCGAGGCGGAGUCGCCGAUGUUAAAAGGCUGGCAUGGCCCGGUUUUAUUCAUUCGGGCUUUAAUCGGUUUUCAUAUAAAACCGGAGCACCUGGAUCCUUACUCUUUGGUUCUAUUCGGUAAAGUCACGUAGGUG